CUAAUGUCAGUCCGGGACGGCGCUCCAAUGCGGGCGCACGCAAUCUGCGCGCUAUCGACCGGUCCGCGAACGAGUACUCGCACCAAUUAAAACAUAUCGUACUCGAUCGGAUUAUUGUGCGAGUGUGAACAUGAGGUGCUUAGUGCUGGUCCUGGUGGCGCUGACGGGGGCCCGGGCCGUCGCCGCGGCGGCCGCUCCCUGCGCCUUCUCGGAGGAGUUCUUCCUGAGGCAUAAUGUAUCAGCUGAUGAUAGCGAUGGACCAGGCGCGGCGUGCGGCGGGCAGUGCUGCGGGCGAGGCCGGGAGGCGCGGCUGCGGGACGCGCUCCGGCGGGCGGCGGUCGCGCGCGCCGCCGCCGCCACGAGACCCAUCGCCACGCUGCUGCUCUCCACGCGAACUACGCUGCAAGAGCACCUAACGGCGCUGUCACAUCAGUCACAAAACAAAACUGCGGUGUUGUUAGCGCAAGUGUACCGCGCGCAGGGGCCGCGCGCGCACGGGCCGCUGAGCGCGCUGUACGGCGAGGUGCGCGCGGCGCUGCGGCCCCCCGCGCCCGACCUGCUCGACGCGCUAGUCAUCGACCCGCCCAGGGACCUCGCUGUUGCUACUGACAAGUUCUUUCGUGAACUUUUCCCCUUGGCCUACCACAACAUACUCAAACUAGAUACCAAACAAUUCACAGUCCAGCACGAAAUGUGUCUUAAAGAUGCUUAUGAUGCCGUGCAGCCUUUUGGAGACGUUCCGCAACAGUUGGGUAUGACGCUGUCGAAGUCUAUGGAGGGCGCGCGGGCUCUGCUCGUGGCGCUGGGCACGGGCGCGAGCGCGCUGGCGGCGGCGGAGCAGGCGGUGGCGCGCGCGAGCGGCGCGUGCGCCGCGCGUCUGCUGCGCGCCGCCGGCUGCGCGCGCUGCCGGGGUCUCGAUGCGCCGCCCUGCCGACAUUACUGCCUCAACGUCGUGCGAGGAUGUGUGGGGGCGCCGGUGGCCGAGCUGGCGGGCGCGUGGGCCAGCUAUGUGGAGGGCGUGGAGGCUCUGGCGCGGGCCGACGCCGACGCUGCGCUGCGCGCGCUCGACGAGCGCGUCUCACGCGCCGUCAUGCACGCGCUCGAAAACAAAGUUCAGCUUGAGAAAAAGGUGCGGCUAGAGUGUGGCUCCCCUGACACGAGGGAGGGCGGCGGCGCGGUAGGCGCGAGCGCCGCGCCGGCGGGCGCGUCGCGACGCGAGGCGUUGCGCGCACCGCCGCCCGACGCGGAGCUGCUGCAGUUCGCCGCCUCGCUCGCCGCCAGCAAGAGACUCUUCUCGGCGCUGCCCGACUACUUAUGCGACGAACCCGACUUCGCCCAUGACGACAACGAUCACUGCUGGAACGGGAACACACUUGGAACGUACGAAAAACCCCUUGUGGCGAGCUCUUCAUUGAGCGACCAGAAAUACAACUCUGAAGUUGAAGGCGCCGUGCCGCAGGACCCGAAGGUGGCGGCCAUUGGCGACCAACUGCGGCAGGCCAGACAGCUGCUGGCGAGCAACACGUGGAGCAGAGCGCCGGCCGCCGAGGCGUUCAUGCAGGGCGACGAGGCGGGCGAGGAGGGCUCGGGCUCGGGCCGCAGCUACGCCUACGACGACGCCGCGCUCGACGCCGAGGGCUCCGGCGAGGAGGGCUCCGGACACGUCGCCGUCGGAAGCCGGCCGGACGGGGGAGAGGGGCCUCGGGCGCAGCCGCCGCCGACGCCGGGCGGGGCGGGACGCGCGUGCGCGUCGGCGCUGCUAGCGCUGGCGCUGCUAGCGCUGGCGCUGCUCGUGCUGCUCACCUAGGCCGCGGCCGCGCUGCUCGAGAUCCCGUCGCGACACUUCCGCCCCUGAGGAGUCCGAACCACCUACCAGAAUUCCCAUAUCAUUUUGUGUAAAGUCACGACUAGGCAAAAAGCCUUGCGCAAUAAUCGUAGUGUGAAAAAUUGAAGACUCCUUAGUUUUUCGUACCGUUUAUUCGGUGAUACUUUAUUUAGCGGAUUCCUAAGAACUUUAUUUAC